ACUCGGAAAAUAAUAGAAAAGGAAAAAAUAAUAAAAAAAGCGACUUCGUUGUUUCUUCAAAUCUUUCUCGGAAAACUCUCCCAAAAAGGUUUACAAAUUCUUCUGCCAAAACAAACAGUUUUUUCAAUCUCUCCGACUCGCUUCUCACCCCUAUCGAAAUCCUGAAAUUCGAUUUUUUGUUUUUUUCCGAGAAUUCCCGAAAUUAAAAAGCGAUGACGGAUUCCAAAGACACCACCCCAUCCAAAACGCACCACACGGGAUCCACACCAUUCAAUUCCACAGCGGGUACUACCACACCGGCUGCCGACGUGGAGAACCAGACCGGUUCGACGGGGGGAACUGGGUUCGGAAUAGCGGGGAUCUUACGGCGGUGGAAGAGAGAGGACUUGUUGAAGAGAGGGUAUUUGGCUUUGAGAGGAUUGGCUUUCCUUUUCUCUGUGCUCGCUUUCAUUGUCAUGGCAAGCAACAAACACGACGAUUGGAAGAAAUUCGAUCGAUUUGAAGAAUACAGAUACGUAUUGGCAAUAGCGAUUCUGUCCACGUUGUAUACGGGCUUGCAAGCGUUGCGACAAGUCCAUGAACUCUCUACCGCCAGAUAUUAUAUUCAACGUUCGACAUCCAAUAUGAUCGACUUUUUCGGUGAUCAGAUAACAGCUUACCUUUUGAUAUCAUCGGCUUCAUCCGCGAUUCCAUUGACGAAUAGACUGCGAGAAUCACAGGACGACAUAUUCACGGACUCAUCAGCUGCAGCAAUUAGCAUGUCGUUUUUGGCCUUCUUUGCACUCGCAUUGUCUUCCCUCAUUUCUGGAUACAAAUUAUCAAAUCAGGCUUCCUAUGUUUGAAAUAUGUUAUACCCCUUUUUUGUUUUUCCCCCUUAUUCUUCUAACCUUUUUCAAUCAUUGUUUUAUACGUAAUUGUAUGUAGAUUCAUUCAAAUUUCACGUCAUUGUUGUUUUUUAAUUUUUUGGUUAAAUUUGGUUGUAAAUUUUAAGUGGUCUUGGUCAUUUUUAUAUAUUACUCUGCAUAUAUAUACGAGGCGAAGUAUGAUUUGUUCUAUAAAUAUGUCGGAAGGCACUUUUUUUACCCUGCAAUGAAUUGGAAAUCUUGCUUGUUCUUUUGCUGUGAA